AUGAGGUCAACCGCUUUACGGCUUCUGAGCCGGAUAUCACGCCGCCGACCAUUGAGUUCGGCGAAAUCUGACAGCGAUGAGGUGUACUUCAAGAAGUGUCUCUCGACCUAUGACCUGGUCGCCCUGGGGGUGGGGAGCUGCUGUGGGACGGGCAUGUUCCUGACGGUGGGGCUGGUGGCCAAGGAACUGGCAGGACCCGGGGCGGUGUUUUCCUUUAUUAUAGCAGGCAUCGGAUCGUUACUUUCAGGCAUAUGUUACGCAGAGUUAGCCUCUUCGUGUCCAAGAACAUCCGGUUCUGCGUACAUGUAUAGUUACGUCACAGUGGGUGAGUUCGUGGCUUAUGUGAUUGGCUGGGGACUGCUUGUGGAGUACGUCAUUGGAACUGCUGCCGGGGCUGUCGCUUUAAGCGCAACUUUGGAUUCCAUUUUCAACUUCGCAUUUAGCAAACUGCCAGAACUUCGCUUUACAGUUGGAGGUCGGCCAUACUUCGAUUUCAUCGCCAUUGCCGUGUGUCUGACGCUCACGUUCAUCCUGGCGUACGGCGUGGAGCUGUCGACGUCGGUGAACAACGUCCUCACCCCGCGUCAACGCCGUCGUGUGGAUCUUCUUCAUCGGCGCCAGCGCCUCAUUCGCACAGAUCACCAACUGGACGGCACACGGAUUCUUCCCGUAAUUCGAGCUCUGCCGAUCGCCUACUUCGCCUUCAUCGGGUUCGACACCGUGGCAUCGUCUGGCCAGGAAGCCCAGGACCCCCAGAAGUCCAUCCCCAAGUCUAUUCUGUGGUCGUCGCACGUUUUCCAGGUCUUCUCCGACAGGCAUGCUGUCGAAUCUGUGUAG